AUGACUGGCUCUGGCUCUCCCUGUGGAGCUUGCAAGUUCUUAAGAAGAAAAUGUAUAUACGGAUGUGUGUUUGCUCCAUACUUUUGCCAUGAUCAAGGAGCAUCUCAUUUUGCAGCCAUUCACCAAAUUUUUGGAGCCAGCAAUGCUUCAAAAUUGCUCUCUCAACUUCCCAUGGAAUAUCGGUGUGAAGCUGCCAUUACAAUCUAUUAUGAAGCUCAAGCUCGUCUCCAAGAUCCCAUAUAUGGUUGCGUUGCUCAUAUAUUUUCCCUCCAACAACAAGUUGUGAAUUUGCAAGCCCAGUUAGAGAUUCUAAAACAACAAGCAACACAAAGCAUGAUGGCUACUGAUACGCCACCCAUAGAAAACCCUAAUUACUAUCGUGGGACUAAGCUUCAGCAACUUCAACAAUCUCUAGAUCUCCAUCGUCAUCAUAAUAAUCAUCAUCAAGACAGAAGUUUGGAGACAGAGUUGAUCAACUCCGAUCUUAAAAAUAUAAUGACGUCUUACACUGAAUUAGAUCAACACUUGAACACUUUUAAUCAGCAUCAUAAUGACGGCAAUAAUAUCCUAUCCGCGAGUUUCGGGUACAUCUCGCAUUCGUGAUGAUUAUGGUGAAGAUAUGGUUGAACACAUCAAAGACAUAUUAUAAUUGUAAUCAUUAACAGUAGGUAAGAACUCUAAUUCAAAUAGAGUUGAAAACAUAUUAUAGAUUGUUGCCUUCCAGUUUCUUUGUCUCUUUU